UCCCAAGUCCAGCGGGUUGCCGACAGACCGUCGCAAGCAUGGUGACCCCAGGGUCUGCACUCCGGCUGGUUCUGCCAUUAAUCCUUUUGGCCGACAGAAGUGCAGGUGUUGGUUUUCGCUUUGCUUCGUACAUUGAUAAUUACAUGGUGCUGCAGAAGGAGCCUGCAGGAGCAGUGAUCUGGGGCUUUGGUAUACCUGGAGCCAUAGUGACAGUGACCUUGUAUCAAGGUCAAGAAAUCAAUAUGAAGAAAGUGACCCAUGUGAAAGCACCCUCUAAUACCUGGAUGGUGAUACUGGAUCCUAUGAAGCCUGGUGGACCUUUUGAAAUGAUGGCACAACAGACUUUUGGGACAAGAAAUAUUACCUUGAAAGUCCAUGAUAUCUUAUUUGGAGAUGUCUGGCUUUGCAGUGGGCAGAGUAACAUGCAGAUGACUGUAUUACAGAUAUUUAAUGCUACAAGGGAGCUGUCCAGUGCUGCUGCCUAUCAGUCUAUUCGCAUCCUCUCUGUCUCACUCAUUCAAGCAGAGCAGGAGCUGGAGGACCUUGAUGCGGUUGACUUGCCAUGGUCUAAACCUACCUCUGAAAACUUAGGCCAGGGAAAUUUCACGUACAUGUCAGCAGUGUGCUGGCUCUUUGGGCGUUACCUAUAUGACACUCUGCAAUAUCCCAUUGGACUGAUCUCCUCCAGCUGGGGUGGGACACCCAUUGAAGCCUGGUCAUCUGGAAGGUCCCUGAAAGCCUGUGGAAUUCUUAAUCAAGGGCCCAUUCCACAGGAUUCUGUAACUGGUCCCAGUGAGCACUCUGUUCUCUGGAAUGCCAUGAUCCAUCCGCUACAAAAUAUGACUCUGAAAGGGGUGAUAUGGUACCAGGGGGAGUCCAAUAUGAAUUAUAACAGGGACCUAUACAAUUGCACGUUCCCUGCACUCAUUGAAGACUGGCGCCAAACCUUCCAUCAUGGCUCCCAGGGGCAGACAGAACGUUUCUUCCCAUUUGGAUUUGUCCAGUUAUCUUCAUAUUUAUCUAAUGACAACUCAGACGAUGGAUUUCCUCAGAUCCGCUGGCAUCAAACGGCGGAUUUUGGUUCUGUCCCUAACCUAAAGAUGCCCAACACUUUCAUGGCUGUAGCUAUGGACCUUUGUGACAGGGACUCACCUUUUGGCAGCAUCCACCCUCGAGAUAAAGAGACUGUGGCCUAUAGGUUGCACUUGGGGGCUCGUGCUGUGGCUUACGGUGAGAAGAAUUUGAUCUUUCAAGGACCACUGCCUGAGAAUAUAGAACUCUUGGCUCACAAGGGACUGCUCAACCUCACUUAUUACCAGCAAGUCCAGGUGCAGAGGCAGGAUGACAAAAUAUUUGAGAUCUCAUGUUGCAGUGACCAUCAAUGCAAGUGGCUUCCGGUUCCUAUGAGCACUUUUUCCACCCAGACCCUGACCUUGGAUAUCAAUUCUUGUUAUGGCACUGUGGAUGCUGUUCGCUAUGCCUGGACCUUAUGGCCCUGUGAAUAUAAGCAGUGUCCACUAUAUCACCCCAGCAGUACCCUACCAGCUCCUCCCUUCAUUGCCUUCAUCUUAGACCAGGUCCCUGGACAUUAGAACAAGAUUGCCAAAUGACAAUUAGAUGCAAGAGUGACUUUUAGAAUUUGGCGUUUGGAAGUUUAAAUGAUGACAACUGUUACUUUUAAAUGAGGACAUUGAUAGAAAGCCUUGUUGAACAAUUCUCAGCUAUCAUGUGGCUAUUUUUAUAUUCUUAGAAGUGCCAUGGCUGGUGGGCAACUUCAAAUGCUUGUGUUUGUCUCCUGGUUAGUCUGAGCCUCUGUCUUGGGCUAAUUCUGAACUACAACCAAAUUGAACCUCAGUGUCAUUCACUUUCUUAAUUUUUUUGGGAGUGAAAUGUUUUGAUACUUUUCCUCCCAAACUGUCUAAUCUCAGGGUUGGAAGAAAAUCUUAAAGGCCAUUUAGGCUAGGUUUCGUGUGUUCUUUACAAAAUCUCCGACAAGGGGCUGGGGAUGUGGCUCAAGCGGUAGCGCGUUCACCUGGCAUGCGUGCGGCCCAGG